GUACUUCCUCUUAUACCGCUACAUGGUCCAGUAACGCUCGUUCGAAUUCGAAGUAUUUUGGAGGAACAUGAAAGACUAUAUGGCAAUGGCGCAGAUAUCAGUAUGGUUCCGGAUCUGAAUCCUGCUCAUAAGGCGGAUUUUUACAAAACGAAAGAAAGUAUUCGGGUAAUCAGUAUGUCGUUGCCCAUCCCUGAACCGUACGAAUAUGAGCAAAGAAGAAUGCUAUCCACGACUGCUGCGCCGCCAUCUGCUCAAAAUAUAUCCCAGGAAGAUGGAUCAACGCCUCCGUGGGAUACAAGGAAUAAAUUCGUCGAAAGUGUAAGGAAAAUGCUCGCAGAGCGAACAGUGGAUACUACUGCAUCUCCCCGUGGCGCGCGGCCACGUAACGAGUGA